GAAGGGAAAUAUCAGGGAAGUGGAAUUGUUAGGGAAGGGAAAUGUCAAGGAGGAGAAAUUUUGGGAAAGGUUAUGGCGGAAAAUGAAAAUGUUGAAAAAAUGAAUAUGUUAGAAAAUGGAUUGUAUAUGUCGGGGAAGAGUUGUCUGGAAAACGGAUACAUCGGAGAAAUGGAUAUGUUGUGUGAAAACAGAUAUGCCAGAGAAACGGAUAUGUCGGGAAAUAGAUAUGUUGGGGAAACUGGUAUGUUGGGGAAAUGGAUAUAUUGGAAAAACGGAUAUGUUGGGAAAAGAGUUUAUGUUAGAGAAUUGAUUUUUGGGGAAAAUAUUGUCAAGAAG